AUGUCUAGGACAAAACAAACUGCUUCGAAAGCUCUUGGAGGUAAAGCACCCAGGAAGGGACUUGCAAUGAAAUCUGUGCCUUCAUCAUCUGGCCAAGCUGUGGUGCCCCGAAGGUCAAGGUUUAAGGCUGGUGCACUUGCAUUGAAGGAGAUCAGAAAGUACCAGAAGAGCACGGAUCUUUUGAUUAGGAAGAGGCCGUUCCAAAGGAUGAUGAGAGAGCUAUGCAAGGGGAAUGAGGGCAUGAGAUUCCAGGGAUCUGCAGUUGUUGCGUUUCAGGAGGCAGUAGAGAAUUUUCUGACCAAUCUGGUGGAGGAUGCUUAUAGAUGUGUUUUACAUGCGAAGAGAGUUACCUUGAUGCCAAAGGACAUUUGCCUUGUGUAUAAGAUAAAGUAUGCGAAUGUGCUUUAUGCAGCUCUUGAUUGA